AUCUAUCCACCCAUCCACCCACACACCCACUCAUUUCUCCCAUCCAUGCACCUACCUGCUCACUAUAGAAAUGGGUUAUGAUACUACGGUUACUUGGUAGACACUAUAAAGCUUAUUUUAGUCUCUCCGCUAAUUUUAUAACACGCCGUUUUCUUUACCCUUGCACGUUGAGGAUACUCUCUGAGCAACACAGCAGACACUGUGCCGGCACGGAAGAGAACCGAUGUUCACAGCAUCUCCCGAUAUUCUUGGAGACAUAACCAGUUAAUUGAGUUUACUACAUAAGUUUCUCCAACGCGAAUCAGCAAUGAGCACACUCGUGCAGAUGGUGGCCGCGGAAAGCGUGGGUCUCGCGCUGCUGUGGGUGACGAUGGCAGUGCUGCAUAUAUCCGCACUUAUCGCAGGGUUCCUGGACUUCGACGUCAUGUCUCAUUUUGUUAAUGGGUUUACCAGUUAUCUGGUCAUCAUGCACCUCUUGCUUAACGGAUGGCUCGUGCGCAUAUACUGGGAUAAAAUAAGCCGGUCAAAGGCAGUAUUACUUUAUGUCACAUUCACCAUUCCUCUUUACUUGUUGUUGCUCCGCGUCCGGCAUGCUGUGGCCGCCUUUCGUGGAAAGGACCAGGUCGUGGCUCGGCGGGAGGCUCUGAAAGCCAGGUACGGCACCUCUAUCGAAAACAGUGCCGUCGUGGAAUUCCCAUCUUUAAGUGCGGCAGUGCGUCGCGCGAGCUGCGUUCCUCUCAGCGCUGAAACGUCGACGAAUGGCUCCCAAGGCGACAGUGAAGUCCCUCUUAGUUCGUGGGUCGUCACAGAAACAAACGUGGAUGCCGGCAGCGAGUUGAUCAAGAUGAGCUCCGACGACGUAAGGGUGAGGGAGCCGAAGAGCUUUUCGCAUCUUUUCAUGAGUGAUUUAUACGAGCUCGUCGCCGGCAGGAAGACGCUCUCAUUCCACUUCGUCUUGAAUGCGAAUAACGACAUCAUCCACGUCUCGAAGACCAGCAUCCUGCCCAACGGACUGCCAGACCGGAUUCGCAGUACAAGUCCUCUCACAAUUUGCAAUGAUACCCAUUACUUGAUCAACUUCAGCGAAGGCAUUUGGUAUGAGGAAGUCGCUAUAGCAGCGAGAAAUGAAAAAUCUUUUGUUACUGUUACGCAGAGCAACUUUGCAUCAUUUAUAUGGUAUUUUACAAUGCACAGCACCGCCCUCUUGGUCUAUGGACUGCUAAAGAACUUGCGUUGUAAUGGCAGAGCCACCGGGUUGUACCACGCCGGCUGGAUGUUCACAGCCGCCGCCUGGUUCCUCACGUGCCGGGGUGCGGACGAGCCUUGGACUGACACCUUCGCCAAGAUACCGCUGCGGUUGUGUUUCACCAUAUGCCGAAUCUUUCUGAUGGGUGCCGUCGCCACGGACGGGCUGGUCAAAGGCGCCAUUUUGUACCUGAGCGUCAAAGCAGCGGGAUAUCUCGCCCUGGUCGGGGAGUUAGUCUACAAGAAUCUCAGAAGGAAUGUGCGUCUUUGGGGCGACGUCGUGGACCGGUAUUUCUUCGACAAGACUUUGGUGAUGAGCUACCAAGGGGGCGAGAGCGUCGUGUGCUGCGGUUGGGCCAUUUGGUGUCACGUCUGCCAGCGCUCCGAGCAUAGCCUCGCCCAGCUCGUCGCUGUGUUGCUGUGCCAGGCUGCUGGGAUGAUUUACCUGAACUUCGUGAGAAGGUUUCUGAAAGAGCCCAUGAAGAAUCCUGUGCGCAUUCUUAUGAUGGCGAAGGACAGACUGAAUGCAGCGGAGAAAAGUAUCUGAUAUAUUUAAAGAAAAUUCGUGUGUCUUCAUAUUUGCUUACUUAGUUGUGCAGUGUGUGUAAGGUACAUAGGUAACUACAUUGUCAGUAAGUAUGGACUUGUACAUAAGAACUUUUAUACUCUUUAUCACCCAAGGAAUAUCGGCAAAGUUUCCUUAGUAAUGUAAAUAGGUCUUGUAAACAUAAUUGGGUCAAUAUGUAGAAGAGGGUAGUGGGUUAUUUUCGAAACAAUUUUGAUAUUUUUCUGCAUGAAGUCCACUGCUUUCAACGAUUCUAGACAUUGUUACUGCCUGUAAUGAACUCAAGUCGUUUUACUUAACUAUUUGGUAUUUGUUACCGAGAGCGAAGCACCCACAAGAGACGAAAUCCUAAAGCCAGGGUAACAUGCGAACCCAAAACACAUAAGAUGGCAGUCUAUUUCCCUCUGUCUCUGUGCGUCUGUCUCGGUAGCACAAUAUUAGUAUUUCAGUUUCCCCGCGGCUACACUUGUACAUUAAUUCGUAAGGCUCUUUACGUCUACAUUUCACUUUCUUUGAAACCGUUCCAAUUAUGUUACGUGCAAAGUACAUUAUCCACAUGUCUCAUUUAUGCACAUUUUGAAAUGUCGAUAUUUGUUAGCGAGAGCGUUGCACCCUCCAAAGACAAAGUAUCCUGAUUUUUCCAUCGAUAAUUUUGUAAUUCUACAGGUAAUAGUGGUACUAAGGUCGUUUAUAAUUACCUUCGUCAGUGUACGCCAACAAAUCUCAUACUUGAGGUACGUAAUAUAUUCAUUAUAUAUAAAAUACAAGGUUAUGCAUAAUCAAUAAUAUAAGUUACUGUCAGGAUUGAAGUUUUCGUAAAUUUAUAAAAUGUUAUUUUUGUUAUUCUGAUUUGUACUCUGUAAUAUUAUCAUAUACUUUGUAGUAUGUUUCAGAAUAAGUUCCACCGGAGAUAAAUAUAGGAAAUAUAUAUUUCUGUUGAUAUUUUCUUUCUGUAUUGUAUUAUAUAUUUUAGCAUAAAAAAACAAUAACGGGUUAAGAUAGCGUUAUGUUUACAAGCGGAGGAUAUAAGAUGUAAAUUAAGAGAAAUAAAUUCAGCAUGCAAAAGAAA